AAAAUAAACAAAUGUAUUACUUUUCCUGAUAUGCUGGAUAUGAUCCCAUUUAUGACUGGAACAGAAGAUAUUCCUCCUCUUUACAUGCUUUAUGCUGUUGUGGUGCAUUUGGAUACAUUGAAUGCAUCCUUUUCUGGGCAUUAUGUGGCAUAUGUAAAAGAUCUGCAAGGCAACUGUUCAGGGUAGAUGAUGCAGAGGUAAAUCUUUCUCGUCAUUUCAGUUCUUUUUGAUAGUUUGUUCUUAACAUAACUGCUCAGCACACGUUGGUAUCGUCUAUACAUUAGUUUAAAGCCUAUGAUGAAGUGAACUUUUGGUUUUACAUAUUGUUUUGCAUAUGACAUUUUUUUUAAUACCCGAAGGGAUAAAUUAUUUGGGAUUGGACCUUGGAUUGCUUAAAAUGAUAGUCAUUAGAAUAGUUAAUGGAUUCUUGAUUGUUUUAUGGGAUUAAAUACAUUCUGAUUUUGGAAGUUAGACAAGCUUAUAUCGCCUUAUCUGUUGCAAUUUCUUAGGGAUUAGAAUUUGGUUGUUGCUAUGUAUCGUGUAACAAAGUUCAUCUUAUCCUAUAAAUAGUGGUUUCUCUAUGAAAUAAGCUAUUCAGUUUUAGUCCAAACUAAAAGGGAGUAAUUUUAAUUGAAAGGUUGGCAUGAUUUUCCAGCUAGUGAAGAACCCUAUAUUUUCCAUUCUGUCAAUGUCUUCUUAUCUUUCCCAUUCUAUUGGCUUCCGCAAACAAUUAAUAAAAUUUAAUAGUUCAUGCGCAAUCAUCAGUAACUGGUUAUGAGGAACGCUUCUAAUAGAUAUUAUCCCAUUGAAGUUUAAAUGCACUAGAUUCUCACUUCAUAAGGCUCUUGGACAUAUAACACGUGUUUAAAUUUUUUGCUUUAGUGGUUUGAUUAUUUCCUUAGAAAAAAAAAGAGGGUGAGAUUCCAAAUAUGCAGUGCAACUUGGUUCCACCAAGCAUUAGAAGCAAUCUUCUUUAUAUCACGUAUGUAGUUGAGCUUAGUUGUCCCACAAGGGUAGUGAAACUUUGUUUCGCCAUAUUGCCCAAUAUUUACACCAAUUAAGUGGUGCAGUAGUGCAACUAGGUUUCACCUUGCAACGCAGUUAUUUUCCCUGCAAGUUCAGUGCAAAACAAUUAUGCCAAAGGAUGGUACUAGUGCUACAGACACUCAAGAAGUAUAAUAACAAAAGAGAGUUUGCAUCACAAUUACAGUCUAGGCUAGCAACACCUCAAGUACAGGGUGGCUUACAAGUGCAAUUUAGUUGCAGUGCAAGUAUGGAAUCAUCACCUCCUACUUUAAAGGAACUAUUAUUUCAGAGAAGAGAAAGGAAUGGAAGAGUGAUUCUGGGGAAGUAUUGCUUGAUUAUUCCCUCAGGCCAUUAGAGAACAUUGUACUGGUUAGUUGUACUCUAAGAAUGGAAGAGUAUUCAUUUACAGGCACUAUUACAUCCCAUAAUUACAGCAAUUAAUCUCUUAAUUACAGGCACAAUUACAUCAUUCUAACAAGAAUAAUGCCAGAAAUUAUCUUUGCUAUUUUAUUUAUUUACUUUUUCCUACUUGCCUUGAGAUUAGUGACAUGGUUGAUAUGAGGAUUUAACAAAAUUGGCUACACUUGAGAUUAUGAUUUUAAUUUUUCUUUGCUCAGUUCCUAUUUUGAUGAGUUCGGAAUUCAAGGUUUUGGAUCAUGGCUCCUUGAUAGGUUCAUCCACUGCCAAUGAGCCAAGUGAUGUCACAGGGAGCAUACAUUCUAUUUUACAUUAGAUCCCGCCCUCGUCCUCAGAGAGAAUUUUGUAAGAAAGCUAUCCAGCAACAAGUUCCACCAUCUGCAAGAUGCUACUCAUCAUCAAGGACUCAGCAACCUUCGAGAAAGGGACAUGGCAAAUCAAGCGGCCACUUCCUUGGCUCAGAGCCAUCAUUGCAUCUCAAACCAGAAAAUGGUAUAGGCCUUAUCAACCACACUAAUGGAAUUCUGGGGAGCACAAACAGGAAUGUUGCACAAGCGAUGGAGUUCUCUGAUGCCACAUCAAGUGGUUGGUCCCUUUCUGCAAGCUCAGAUGAGGCUUCUUUCACUACUGAGAGCACCAGCGACUCUUUUAGUACUUUGGAUUACACUGAUGCAUGCAAUGCAGAUACAUUCUCCUCGAUCUUCAGUAACUUGUAUGCUCCAGUCAUCCUUGUAGGACACUCAGUGUUGUAGAACAUUUUCAAAUAGUAGGCCUCAGACUAGGUUCAUCUCAGAUGAAAGGGGCUGUGCAGGACUUAUUAUUCUUGUCAACACAUUCUACAAAAGGGUUAUGGAGAGCAGAUAGUUUCAAACUGGUCAGUGAUUCUGCUGAAAUUCCUAUUGACUUGUUCUGUACCAUGUCUUCAAAAUAUGGGAUUAAUCCAAAAUGCGGUCUUGAUUGAACUUCUGGCAACUGUAAAUUAUAGGCUUGGAGAUCCCAACUGAUAAAUUAGAUGACUUAGCUAGUCGGAAUCUGUGCCUCAAAUUUUUUCUGUUAUCGCUAUUUUCUUAACUGGGGCAUUGGAUUGGGAUUGUUUUAUCACCCAAGUAAAAGAAACGUUCUUGUCAGCAUUUAGAAUUAAUUCUUGAGAAUGUAGAGUGCUAGCUUCUCCAUGUGGGACUCUCUAGUGACCUUUUCCUAUUUGAAAACUUGUGUCUCACUUGUUUGGUUCACAUCAACCAAGCGAACACUAAUCCUGGUUCUGUCUCAGACUACGAUUUUUUUU